CCAGAGUUUGAAGGAAGCCCAGGCACCGCUGCGCAGGAGGCUCGGCGUGGUCAGGGUGACAUUUCCUUCCCCCGAGCACAACAGGAAGGUACAGUCAGCUGAGCAAAGCCAGCAGCAGCUUCGGCGUCCCAAGUCAUCUUCACAAGUACUGGAAUUUAAACUCAGGAUCAGGAUCUUCACCCUGAACUACAUCCUUCAUCUUUUUUUUUUUUUCUUAAGAUCUUGCACACAGGACAUCGUCUUCUCAUACUGUGCAAUACCGGGAAACAAUGUUUUUGUGGCUGUUAGCCCUCCUGAUCCUCUGCGCCUUUCUGUGGAAUUGUAAAGGACGACUGAAGAUUGCGGGCAUCAGUGAUAAGUACAUUUUCAUCACCGGAUGUGACACAGGCUUUGGAAACUUGGCAGCCAGGACUUUUGAUAAAAAAGGAUUUCGUGUCAUUGCUGCCUGUCUGACUGAAUCGGGAUCCUCAGCUUUGAAGGCAGAAACCUCACAGAGACUGCACACGGUGCUUCUGGAUGUAACUGACCCCAAGAACGUGAAGAGCACUGCCCAGUGGGUGAAGAACCAAGUUGGGGAAAAAGGUCUCUGGGGCCUGAUCAAUAACGCGGGUAUACUGGGCGUGCUGGCUCCCACAGACUGGCUGACAGUGGAGGACUACAGGGAACCUAUCGAAGUGAACCUGUUUGGACUCAUCGAUGUGACAUUAAACAUGCUUCCCUUGGUCAAAAAAGCUCGAGGGAGGGUUAUCAAUGUCUCCAGCAUCGGAGGUCGGCUUGCAUUUUGUGGAGGGGGAUACACUCCAUCCAAGUACGCAGUGGAAGGAUUCAAUGACAGCUUAAGACGGGACAUGAAAGCUUUUGGUGUGCAUGUCUCAUGCAUUGAACCAGGGUUGUUCAAGACACAACUGUCAGAUCCAAUAAAGACAACUGAAAAAAAACUUGCCAUUUGGAAGCAUCUAUCUCCAGACAUCAAACAACAAUAUGGAGAAGGUUACAUUGAGAAAAGUCUAGACAAACUGAAAAGCACCGCGUCCUGUGUGAACGUGGACCUCUCUCUGGUGGUGGAGUGCAUGGACCACGCUCUGACAAGUCUCUUCCCGAAGACGCGUUACACUGCUGGCAAAGACGCCAAAGCUUUCUGGAUACCUCUGUCUCACAUGCCAGCAGUUUUACAAGACUUUUUAUUGUUGAAACAGAAAGUGGAGCUGGCUAAUCCCAAGGCUGUGUGAUUUCAACUCAUCACAAACGCCUGGCCCGGGGCUAUGAGACUGGCUGAUCUCAAGGACACCUCUCCUUUUCAAUCCCAUUUCUUUUUUUUUUUUGGUACCGGGAAUCAAACUCAUGACCUCAGGCUUGCCAGGCAAGUGUUUAAGACGCUGAGCUACAUCCCAGCCCCUCAAUCCCAUUUCUUGGUGCAACCUGGACUCAUCUAGCUCAUGCUUCUCUUUAAUAGAAAAAGGAGCUUCAACAUGCCAGUGUUCUCCCAGGGUCCCUUCUCAGGUCUUCUUGCACAAUAAGGACAGAGAUGGCACAUCAUAUAGGCCAGCCCUAGCCAGGCGUGAUGGCACACCCCUGUAAUCCCAGCACUCAGGAGGCUGAGGCAGGAGGAUGAUUGUGAGUCUGAGAC